AUGAUUGUUCUUUCAUGGAUUCGCAAAGAACCAUUUCUUCUUAAGACCUUUGUUGCCAAUCGGGUAACCCAAAUUCAAGACCUCACUUACAUUGAAGAUUGGAGAUAUGUCCCUUCUAAUGAGAAUCCUGCUGACCUCAUCUCCAGAGGACUCGAUCCUUAUAAACUUCAUCAUUGCAAACUGUGGUUUAAAGGACCAUCAUUUUUGCGUAGCAGUGAAUACCCAAAUAGAGACAUCUUAACCAGAGUUAUUACAGAUGACUUUUCUAAAGAGUUUAAACCAUCUAGUGACUCUAAUUGUUUUAUAAGUGAUAACAAUAAUUUUCUUCAUAAUGUUCUAAAAAUUAGUAAUAGUUAUAGUAAACUUAUUCGUAUUGUGAGUUAUGUUCAUAGGUUCAUCAAAAAUUGUAGAAGGAAAAAUGACAGAUCAAGAGGUUAUUUAUCCCCUGAUGAGCUCAGACAAGCCGAGUUUUCAUUGGUAAGUUUAGCUCAACAAAGUGAGUUUGCCAAAGAGAUGAAGGAUUUAAGAUUUGCAGGUGAAGUCUCAAGGCAAAGUCAGGUAAAAAAUUUACAUCCCUUUAUUGAUAAAGCAGGUAUUUUAAGAGUUGGUGGACGAUUGUCCAACAGUAAUUUGAGUUUUGAUAAAAAGUUUCCGAUAUUGUUACCAGGUAAUCAUCGGUUAACGAAAUUAAUAAUUACUAGUUAUCACAUUAAGCAUUUACAUAUAGGACCACAAACAUUAUUGUUUACUAUAAGGCAAAGAUUUUGGCCGAUUAAUGGCAGAGCAGAGUGUAGAAAGAUUGUCCACGAAUGUGUAACUUGUUUUAAAGCUAAACCAGUAACGUGUGACCAACUAAUGGGUGACCUACCUAAAGAGCGUGUGAGUCAAAAUUUUCCAUUUGUGAUUUCAGGAGUUGACUUUUGUGGGCCAUUCACAAUUAAAUAUAAACACCAGUGUAAAGGCACAUAUCAAAAAAUUUAUGUGGCGAUAUUUGUGUGUUUCGUUACAAAAGCUGUGCAUUUGGAGCCUGUAACAGAGUUAAGUUCUCAAGCAUUUAUAGCUACCCUUAAAAGGUUUUUUUCGCGUAGAGGGAAAUGCAGUAUUUUAUACUCAGAUAACGGGACAAACUUUAUUGGGAGCAAUACUGAGUUACAACGAUUGUUUAAAAUGGUCAACAAUCCUGAUGAGAGUUUAAGCGGUUACAUGAGUAAUGAAAAUGUAAAAUGGAAAUUUUUGCCUCCUAGAGCCCCUAACUUUGGAGGACUUUGGGAAGCUGGGGUGAGAUCCUUCAAGUUUCAUCUGAAAAGAGUAGUGGGUGGUCAGAAAUUAACUUAUGAGAGCUUUUUAACAAUAAUUAAUCAAAUUGAAUCUAUUUUGAAUUCUCGACCACUUACUCCUUUAUCUUCGGAUGUCGAUGAUUUGAGCGCUCUCACACCAGGCCAUUUCCUGAUCGGAAGACCGUUUACAGCAAUUGUAGAGCCAAAUUUGAUAAAUACAUUAGAAAAUAGACUGGGUUUAUGGCAAAAAACCACAAAGUUUGUGCAACUAAUAUGGAAAAAAUGGCAUAAUGACUAUCUUACAAUCUUGCAUCAAAGAUCAAAAUGGUACUUUGAUAAACAAAAUUUAAAGGUAGGAGACAGGGUUGUAAUAAAAGAAGAUAACAUGGCUGUGUGCAAUUGGGUAAUAGGUAGAACUGUGGCGGUCUUUCCGGGAAAGGAUGGCAAGAUUCGUGUUGCUAAUAUUAAAACAAAUAAAGGAGUUUUCAAACGUCCAAUUUCCAAACUCUUUACUGCGAUAUUGCCUCUUUUAUGCGAUAUUGCCUAUUGA